CCGCCCUCACGCCUCAGCGCUGGCAGCGCGGCGGCUGCCGCCGCUGGGGUUCCGUGCGGUACGGCUCGGCGCUCACGGAGCUCACCGCUGGACGCUCAACGGCGCCCGCGCCGCUGCAACGAGUAGAGGAGAGAGAUCCCGCCUGCAGGAAGAUGGCAGCAGAGGGACCCUCCAACAAAUGGCAUCUGAUCUGGAAGCACAUAUGAAGCAAAGAUGUGUCAUUCCUCCAUGUGAAAGAAAUGGCACCCACUGACAUUCAUCAACACUUGCUGAAUGUUUAUGGGAGUAAAACUGUGCAUGCGAGAAUGGUCCAGUGCCAAUUUGAAUUCUGUGGAGCACAUUGCCAAUCUUGGCAGGAUUGUCCUACCACGCCUGUUGUAUAGUCUGGAUUUGGCAUUUUCUGACUGAUAUCUUUUUGGGCUGAUGAAAGAUGGACUGCAUGGAGAGUGUCAGUCUGCUAUAUCUGAUCUACAAUGAAUGCCAAAUCUGCAAUCAACAAAGAAAUUUUUGCCCCACAUGAUGAAAGGAUGCUGGGAGCUGUCCAAGUUAAAAGAAGAACGAAAAAAAAGAUUCCUUUCCUUGCUACUGGGGGUCAGGGUGAAUAUUUAACAUAUAUCUGCCUGUCAGCCAGUGGUACCAUAAAGUUGUUUUUCAAACAUAAACUUGUUAUUCCUUUCAAAGUGACUGCUCAUGGAAUGGAAAGUUACUUAAAAAUGACAUAUAUCCCUCCUUCCUUUGAAGUGACAAACAAAAAACCAGCUCAAGCAACUAUUACAAAGGUCAAGCAAUUUGAAGGGUCUACAUCGUUUGUUAGGAGAACACAGUGGAUGCUUGAGCAGCUUCGCCAGGUCAACGGUAUUGAUCCUAAUCAGGAUUCGCCAGAAUUUGAUUUAGUAUUUGAAAAUGCUUUUGACCAAUGGGUAGCAAGCACUGCUUCAGAAAAAUGCACAUUCUUUCAGAUUCUUCAUCACACAUGCCAGCGAUAUCUUACAGACAAGAAGCCAGAAUUUAUCAACUGCCAGUCUAAAAUUAUUGGAGGAAACAGCAUACUCCAUUCAGCUGCGGACAGUGUGACAAGUGCAGUACAGAAGGCAAGUCAGGCUUUGAAUGAGCGUGGUGAAAGGCUAGGUCGAGCAGAAGAAAAGACGGAGGAACUGAAAAACAGUGCUCAGCAGUUUGCAGAAACUGCACACAAGCUUGCAAUGAAGCACAAAUGCUGAGAUACUGCCCAAAGUUGAAAUAUUCUCGAAAGAAACUGAAAAGCCUAGGUUGAGCAGUUUUUACAGGAGAUGAAGACUUGUGUGUGUUUUUUUUUCAUUCCAGUUCAGUGGAGAUGCAUUCUUUCAGCUUCUGUGCAGGAAAAGAUGUUGCUUUUCUACCUUUUUGACUUAUAUUUUGUUCCUCUUUUGUAAUACUGCAACACAAUCUUGCAGUAUUUUGUACCUCUAUUUCUGUUUAUUACAGGAACUAAAGUGAACAAGGGAGCUGGACCAAAUGACAAAGUUGAUCCAAAUUAAAACAGUAAUAUUCUUUGCCAGUACUCCUCCCUGGUAUUGCAUAGAAGAGUAUUUUAAUUAAGUGCAGACAUGCAUGCAGAAAUAAAAUCCAAAGAAGGGAUACAUGUUUCUUGAAUUUAUGUAGCAUCAGCAGAAUAUGAAUGUUGGAAUUAAACACAUGAGGAUUUAACUGUGGUCAAGAAUACUGCCUUGGGAAACAGAAAACUUGUUUAGCCUACCCAGUGUAGAAAGUUUUGCAUGUGCCAACACCAGCAUUCUGAAGGGCAUAUCUGAAUUUCACAGGGGAAUCUGUUUCCAGUGCUGCAUUUUGAAUAUUUCUAUUUUAACUUCCAGAUGGAUUGUUCGAAGAGAAAAAUGAAAGAAACAUACAGUGAAUGUAUGUGUGAUGUUUCAAAACUGAGGAAAAAGAGAAUGAUAAAUCUAUAUGUAUAGCUGUGCCUCAGAAAUAAACUAGUGUCUAGCAAUCUGGUGUAAAGUAACAUCUCGUAUUAUUUUUUAGCAGAAGCUUCAGUCUUCAUCUUCUGGAGAUGCAUGCACUUUAAAAGCAAUGCACUUCAGAAACAUUUGUCCUCAUCUUACUGGAGAGCCAGAGAACUGGUAUUAAAUGAAUGCACUUUGGUUUUCACUUUCAAUGUAGAAUAAGAUAUUUCCAUUGUUAAUGACACUUUAAACAAUCUGAAGCACUCCAAGCAGUGCUAGACAAAAGAUAAAAUCUUCUGUCACAAUUAAGAUACUUCAAUUACCACAACCUGAUGUAACUGAAGUUCUGGCUUGGAAAUACUCAUGUUGUAAAAAGAUGUUUGUCUUUAGAAAAACUUUAAGACAUUACAUUCUUAUGGCUACAUUCAAAAUGUGCAUCUAUUUUUUAAAUAAUUAAGCUGUUUUAAUGAUGCUUAUUAUUUAACCCAACACUGAAAACUGACAGAAGGUGUAUUUUUGUCAUCUAUGUAGUACCACACAAUCAUUUAUACAGAUUUAGCAUCAUUAAAUUGAUAAGAAUUUUCUAAAUUCAGAUAGAAAUAUAAUGGAUUUUCAGACUUUUACAUGAAUUUCUGCUGAAAAGGUGAAGGUCACAGUUGCACUGCUAAGUUCCAGAUCUUUUGUGAGUUCAACUGCUCUAAAACACUGCUUUAAUCCCAAUGGCAGUUCUUCAGGAUUUUUUUGUAUAUUCUCCAGUUAAUAGUAUUGUGUUAUGUAUCAUAACUCAGGACUUUUAUUCAGCCAUAAAAAGCCAUUUACUAUGAAAAUUCUGAGUAACUUAGUGUUACCAAAUGAAGGAAAAGGGGGUUAUUUAUGUAUUCACCUUCUUGCUGUUCAUUUAACUACUAAAUUUGAUAGUUUGUAGAAAAAGAAAAAGAAAAAGAAAAAAAAAAAAAAAAAGAUGUAUAAAUGUCCAUACAAAGAUAAAUCUUAUAGCAUUGCAAUUUCCUCCUGGAAAUCAGUUUGUAGCAUAUACAACAUAGUAUUAUUAGAUAGUGAUGUACAUAACGUAUACUAUAAUUCAGGUUAGUGUUACACAUGAAAGAAUGUAUUUGUAAAUUGUAACAACAUCAAUAGUUUAUCUUUUUAAAUUUCUGCAAGGAAAAAAAUAAUGCAUUGCUAGACUUGAAACUACUGUGCUGCAAAGUCUGUCUUAAAAGGCUAUUUUUGAGUCAAGAGUAGUUGUGCAUUAUGUGAAAUAUUAACAAAAAAGUGCUCCUAAAUUGUUGGUAGGUUUUGCUAUGAUUUACCAAAAUUGUAAUAGUUGCUGGUAUCUAUGUAACCAAUUCCUCAAAAGUUCUCAGAAAUGUAGAAAUUUUGUGCCAUUCUGGGAAAACUAAAAGUGGGACCUGCUCUCUUGUGUAAUUACUGGAAAUCCUAUUUUUUAUUUUUAUUUUUUGUCAUUAAAUACUUCAAAUGUGGUCAAAACAAAA